CCGCGCCAGCCCCGGGCCCGCAGAGCGCCGCGGGGUGAGCGCCCCCUGCUGCCCUUGGCCCCGCCCCGGCCCCGCCCAGGGCCCCGAUUGGCUUGGGCCGGGGGCGGGGUUAGUGCGCUGGCGGCCUCAGGCCUUUUCCCAUUGGUGGCGGCGGCGGCGCGAGCCCGGAAGCGGUCGGGGGCGGCGGCGGAGGCGGCGGAGGCGGCGGAGGCUACUCGGGCGGGCCGGGGUUGCGGCGCGGUCCUCGACUCGGCUUGUCCGGCGCGUGGCCCGGCAGCCAUGCAUCUCCCGGCCCCGGGCCCGCUGGGGGACUGCCUGCGGGACUGGGAGGAGCUGCAGCAGGACUUCCAGAGCAUCCAGGAGACCCACCGGCUGUACCGCCUGAAGCUGGAGGAGCUGACCAAGCUGCAGAACGGCUGUACCGGCGCCAUCACUCGGCAGAAGAAGCAGCUCCAGGAGCUCGCUCUUGUCCUGAAAAAAUGCAAACCCUCCCUGCAGUUGGGGGCCAGGGAGGCCGCCCAGGAGCUGGAAAACCAGAUCAAGGAGCGCCAGGGCCUCUUCUUUGACAUGGAGGCCUAUUUGCCCAAGAAGAAUGGGUUGUACCUGAGCCUGGUCCUGGGCAAUGUCAACGUGACACUCCUGAGCAAGCAGGCUAAGUUCGCCUACAAGGACGAGUACGAGAAGUUCAAGCUCUACCUCACCAUCAUCCUCAUCCUCAUCUCCUUCACCUGCCGCUUCCUCCUCAACUCCAGGGUGACGGACGCCGCCUUCAACUUCCUGCUGGUCUGGUACUACUGCACACUCACCAUCCGCGAGAGCAUUCUCAUCAACAACGGCUCCCGGAUCAAAGGCUGGUGGGUUUUCCAUCACUACGUGUCUACCUUCUUGUCAGGGGUCAUGCUGACGUGGCCCGACGGCCUCAUGUACCAGAAGUUCCGGAACCAGUUCUUGUCCUUCUCCAUGUACCAGAAGGGCUUCCAGUCCUGGAUGUGGCGCGGCCUCACCUUCCUGCUGCCCUUUCUCUUCUUCGGACACUUCUGGCAGCUUUUCAACGCGCUCACUCUGUUCAGCCUGGCCCGGGACCCCGAGUGCAAGGAGUGGCAGGUGCUCAUGUGCGGCUUCCCCUUCCUCCUCCUCUUCCUCGGCAACUUCUUCACCACCCUUCGGGUCGUGCACCAGAAAUUCCACAGUCAGAGGCGUGGGAGCAAGAAAGAAUGAGCCUGGGCCUGCCUGCCCGGCUCCCUCCGGUGCCCCUGGCCCGGCAGGGGCUUCUGUCCCCUUAGCUGGGGCGGUAGGGGGCUUGCCUCAUGCGGGAGGGUCUCUUCUGCUCUCCCUGGGGUUUUGUGGGCCCUGUGGGCCCCGAAGGCGCCGCCGGAGAGGAGGGCCGGGCCUGCAGGGAGUGGGGGGCCAGAGCCUGAAUAAAGGAAGCGUGGCAGAGAGGCGCCCCGAGGUGUGUGCUCUCCGAAGAGUCAGGCGGGGCCUCGGCGCCACCACCGCAUGGCCUCUCCGGGUUCGGAGUUCAGAGAGCCCUGACCUACUCAAGCAAUAACAAAUACAGAAAACAGAACUUUAUUCCAA